AUGGACGAGAGCAUCGAAUACUCUAAACGUGCUAAAACAGAAGAGAUCUACAGCGUUGGCUACUGCAAAGAGACUGGAAUGGCCAUUGCUGGUGGUGGUGAUGACGCCAUUACGCUUUAUAAGUUUGUGAAUGAUCAUUACGAGAUAAGCGAAGUCAUUGAGGGUUUAGAUGACUCAGUUGUUUUUGUAGCAUUCUUAGCUAAAGAUUUGGCCGUCGCUGUGACUAUGGAUGGUAGUGUGGUCUAUAUUGAACUAAAUUUAGCCGUGUCUAAACCAACCAGUGAGUUGCAGAUCUGUGAUUUACAAAUCGACGUAUCAUAUGUACAUUUGGAUGCAGCAAUGGACUACCUCUAUGUGGGAACGUCUGAUGGGUUAGUGGAAAGAGUUCCAGCUCGAGCUGAUCCACACAUUACUCGUGACCAGAACAAAGUCUACCCCGGCCAUCGCUCAGAUAUUCUUUACAUCAGCACGGAGCAGCAAACCCUGUACACGGGAUCGCACACUCAAGUUCUUCUCUACCACUGUGAAACAGCCCAAAUAAUAGCUCGGUACGAGUCACGGGAACAAGCUGAGAUUACAGUAAUGCGAGUGGUUGGCCAGGGUAAGGUUGUGGCCUUAGGUUUUUCUAAUGGUACUUUAUUGUUAUUAGCAUUAUCAAAUGAUGGCAGCCUAACGGAAAUUUAUCGGCGGGAACAGGCUGAGUCGCAAAAUUCAAUUGAAGCACUGGCUAGUACGGCUACUUCUCUUCUUUAUGGUGGGUUUGCUAAGUCGCUUAAUGUGCUGGAUAUGAGGUAUAAGGCUAUGAAAGAGACGAUGCUUUCUAAUGAGGAGUACAUGUGUGUGGUUAAGAUUAUUCCAGUAACGGACUUUAUUGUGGUGGUGGUAGGAAGUACUGGGACGAUUUACAUUACUGACAUUCGUGAGGCAGGUCGGAUUAUCAAGGAAGUGCCUACGGGGCAAACAGUCUUUGAUGCGGCUCUUCAUGGGCAGUACCUUUGUGUGGCUACAGCCACUGGUGCCGAGUUCAUUGAUCUUUCUAAAUAA